AUAAAAGUAAGUUAAGUGUUGUUUAGUGUAACUGCAAGUAUCCAAUUAAACAUGGGUCGAAAAUCGAAUUAUUCUGAACCCAGCAGUUCGAAACAAAGACAUGAUCAUAAAAGGAGACGAGAAGACAAUGAAGAUGUUAAAUCGAAGAAACAUUCCACUGUGGAUAUAAUUUUUUAUAAAUACGACUUGAACAACUUUUUAGAGGAUCAUUGUUCAAUAAAGAAGAGUGAUGAUUUCUGGACGUUUUAUGCUAAAUAUUCGGCAGCACAAGAACUGAAGAAAACCAAAGGUAUAACAUUUGAUAGUAGCAAAUUACUGAAUAUUGAUUUUGCAAAACCAGCCAAAGUUUUGUAUGAGAAAUUACCUCUGUAUACGAAGCAAGGAGAAAAGAUGCACAUACCUUACAACAAGUUUCUAGUAUUAUACAGUGCAAUGAGAACAUAUCAGGAUUUCCAGCAGAAGAUGAAUUUUGCCAAAUUGAAAGCUUUAAGGAAUGCACAAAAGGAUUUACCAAUUGCACACUACAAAGAGGAUAUAAUUAAAAAAGUGCAGGAUAAUAAAGUAAUUUUGAUUGCUGGUGAUACAGGCUGUGGUAAAUCUACACAAGUUGCUCAAUACAUGAUGGAGGCUGGCUUCAAAAGGAUAGCAUGCACACAGCCAAGGAGAAUAGCUUGUGUUGCUUUAGCAAAAAGGGUAGCUUAUGAAACGUUGGCCACUUACAAAAAUAAAAUUGGCUUUCAAAUUCGUUUUGAGAAGGCCAAAAAUAAAGGCACUAAUGUUAUUUUCUUAACAGAAGGUAUUCUGUUGAGGCAGGCGGGUGACGACGUGAUGAGCACUUACGAUGCUCUUAUAUUGGAUGAAGUACACGAGCGGCAUCUGAACAUGGAUUUCCUUGUUGGAAUUAUGAAAUGCCUGCUCCAUAAGCGUGACUUCAAGCUAAUCCUCAUGUCCGCUACAAUUAAUCUGCAACUUUUCGAAGCGUAUUUCGAGUCUGAAGGUGUGAAAACCAUCAAAGUACCAGGAAGGUUGUAUCCGAUUGAACUUCAUUAUAAACCUAUAAUUAAGGAUCCUUACGAUAAAAAGAAAUCGAAAUUUGAUUGCCAACCAUAUCUGAAUAUCCUGGAGCUCAUAGAUCAGAAGUACAAACCGCAAGAGAAAGGAGACGUUCUUAUUUUCUUGAACGGUUUCAACGAGAUUAACACAUUGGCGAGUGCAGUCGAGUCUUACGCUGAAAUUAAAAAGAAUUGGAUAGUAUUGCAGCUACAUAGUACCUUGUCUUUAGAAGACCAGGAUAAAGUGUUUUUUGCUCCUCCUGAUGGUGUUAGAAAAUGCAUUAUUUCCACGAACAUUGCCGAAACUAGUGUUACGAUUGAUGGUGUAAGAUUCGUGAUUGAUUCCGGGAAAGUGAAUCGUAUGAUUUACGAGAAUUGCGGAAUCAAUAAACUCUUUGAAAGUAACAUUUCUCAGGACAGUGCGAAGCAAAGAUCUGGCAGAGCUGGAAGGACUGGUCCUGGUAUAUGUUACAGAUUAUAUUCAGAGAAAGAUCUGAAGAGCUACGAGUUGUUCACACCAGCUGAAAUACAUUUGGUUCCUUUAGAAAAUUUGGUUUUAAAUAUGGUCACCUUAGGUUUAAGUGAUAUCGAAGCAUUUCCUUUUCUCGAAAAACCCAAAGAAAGUACGUUGCGUGCAGCAAUGGAAAGACUUUCGUUUCUCGAAGCAUUAAAGACGGAUGAUUCUGGUUUAUCCUUAACAACUUUAGGGAAUUCCAUGAGUCAAUUACCAGUGGAUCUGACUGUUGCUAAAAUGCUUAUUAUGUCUACAAUAUUUGGUACAGUCAACGCCGUUUUGGCUUUGGCCAGUUUAUUAAGCGUGCAGAAUCCGUUAAUGGAAUCUAAAUUCUAUGAAACUAGAGAUUGUAGGGCUCCAUAUGAAUCCGAUCACGGAGAGCCUAUAACAUUAUUGAACUUGUAUAAAGGAUGGUUACAAGUUAAAAGGACUGGAGAACAAUCCAGGAAUUGGACGAAAAGUCGCGGUGUCGAAGAGCAGCGGUUUUAUGAAGUGACAAAGUUGAUCGAGCAGUUUCGUGAUAUUCUACAGGAUUCAAAUUUGAUUCCGAAAUUGGAUAAUGAAGUUAUGAGCAGUUCGGAACGUGUUAUUCGCAAAGGUGAAUUGAAGCGACUUCGAGAUUUGAGAAGGGAAUUGAAAACGGAUUCGCGGGAUACGAAGAGGAAGAAAUUGGAAAUGUAUAACAAAGAGGACGAUGAUACGAAAGAUAUAAAAGAUUUACGAGAUGUCGAGUUUCGUAUUAGUAAUGAUUUCAAUAAACUGCAGCAGCUUUUAUCUGAAACGAGGACGGAUUCGUUUAAGGAUUUGAUGCUUUUGAAGUUGAUCUUGACAGGCGCUUUGUAUCCUCAAGUCGCUAUCGAAGAUGAGUUUAAUUGUUCUAAAACUGUUAACGAACGUCUCUACCACACUAAGAUCAAGAGUUAUGUGUUUCUUCGACCUACCAGUUACUUCACACUAAAUCCGACUUUCUUGGAAUUGAAUGAUUCUGAUAUUGAUGUGCCUCCGAAUGGAUACUUCAGUAAGAAACCUUUGAGUCGGAAACAUCAACUGUUGGUGUUCCAGAAGGUUUUGGAGACGAAGAAGACUUACUUGAUGAACGCGUUUCGCAUGCCUGCUUUGCAAACUUUGCUUCUUUUCGGGCGAGUUAUUGGGACAAACCGAACACUCACAAAAUUCGUUUUCGACGAUUUCAUCUUGGUGAAUUGUCCCUUCUUGUGGCAAGGAAAAGUUAUGCUUCUCAAAUCUAUAAAUUUGAGAAAACGCUGCAAAGCUGCUUUGGAGAAGAAACUGAACGAGAAAGAAAUCGACGACACGGAAUUGGUUAACGAUAUGAUCGAAUUUAUGCAGGCCAACAUAAGUUACAAUAUAAAGCGAUUGUUACCUGCAGACAUAAAAGUCAUUUAUACUAGAGAGAGAAGUAUGGAAAUGAAAGAGAAUCCUUUCGAUAAAGAUUUCGAACCAGCUGAAAACGAAUUGGGUGGAUUUAACGUAAGCCCUAACGUGAUUUACAAUUGCCUGGAAUCUGAUGGUUACGAUAUAGAAGCAGAAAACUCUUUGAUCUUAACGCCAUGUCCAAAAUGCGGAACAGCAAGCCUCAACUUCUUGCUGUAUUUAGCACACGAUGAAAUCUGCAAUAAGGAUGACCCGAAGAAGGUAGUCGCAUCUAAAACAUAUGAAGCACCUAAACCGAAUUCUCGGAAUUACAACUGCGAUAGAUGCGGGAAAACGAUGUUGGUAACUCCGGUGGAGUUCCUGCGUCACAAGAAAAUUUGCGCAAAUAUUAAAAUCGAGAAAGUUUAAGUUUUUUUUAUGAACUAAAUUAUUUGUUCAAUUUAAUUGUGAUAUGAUGAAUGUUAAGAGACUGAAAUGUAUAUAUUUUCGAUUUAAUUA